UGGUGUUGUCACAAUUCUAAACUAAAAAAUAAGAAAAUGAGCUCACAACGUGGCAAUGUUUCUCGCACACGAAAACAGAAAUAUCAGAAUAACAGAGCCUUCAAAAAUGAUAUGCAUGAUAAAUCUGAUAAAACAAAACUCAUCAACAACUUGAAUUUUGAAGGCAUUUGUCUACGCUGUAAGGAUAUAAUUCAAUGGAAAAUAAAGUACAAAAAAUACAAACCAUUAUCCCAGCCUGCUACAUGUGUCAGAUGUCACAACAAAACUGUGAAGAGAGCUUAUUACACAGUGUGUCAGCCUUGUGCAACCCAAGUUAAAGUUUGUGCUAAAUGUAAUACCAAACAAGAUAGUAUAAUACAGGUGGGGCAGAGUGAGGAAGAAAAGAAAGCCCAAGAAGAGCAAUUAAAAUUUGAAGUUCAGCACUUAAAGGAAAGGCAGAGAAGAACUUUAUAUCGACAUAUUGAGAAGGGAGAGAAUCCUGAAGAUGUUCUUGGGGCAACUGCUUUCAAAGAUGAUUUGGAUGAUGAUGAAGAAGAAGAUGAUGAAGACAGUAGUGAUGAAGAUUUUUAGCUAUUAUUUACAAUAAAACUAUACAGUCAUUAAA